AUGCUGCGCCCAUGGAGCGGCGGCGGCGGCGGCGGCGUGGGUGGCACGAGGGGCGUGCCGUGGGCGCGGGUGGCGGUGGUAGUGCUGGUGUGGCUGGGCGUGGCGAUGCAAGUGUCGCUCGCUGCGCCCACCACCAUCAACGACGCCGACGGCGGUGUGCUGCAGGAGUGCCAGGCGGCAUGGGGAGUGACGAUGGACGGGUGGAAGGCCGGCAGCGACUGCGAUCUGGCCGCGCACACGCUCGAGUGCAGCGCCGAGGGCAGGGUGCUGGGCAUCAACAUGCGCAACAGGAACCUCACAGGGUCGCUGCCAGCGUCCAUCGGCAACCUUGCUGACCUCACCAUGCUCGAUAUAAGCCGCAACAACAUCAGUGGGCCCAUCCCUGACUCCAUCAGUCAGCUCAAGGCUCUCGCUUACUUGAACAUGGCGUACAACCAGCUAAGCGGACCCAUCCCCACUGGCGUAGGCCAGCUGCUCAAGCUCUCUGUCAUGCGGGUGCGGCACAAUCAGCUCAACGGCACCAUCCCUGACUGCAUCUCCCACUGCUCGCUGCUCCAAUCGCUGCACGUGAGCAUCAACCAGCUCACCGGCUCGCUUCCAGAAACCCUAGGCCAGCUCUCCAAGCUCAAGAAACUGUGGGCGCACAACAACAGCCUCACAGGCGGCAUUCCCCAGUCCCUCAGCCAACUCUCGUUCCUGCAAGACCUGAAUCUGGGCAACAACAACCUCACGGGCACCAUCCCUGCACCGGUCUUCACGCUCACCAUGCUCACAUCGCUGUCGCUGGACAACAACAACCUCACGGGCUCGCUGCCAGACGCCCUCACGCAGCUGCAAGAGAUCAAGAAACUCAACCUAGGGGGAAACCAUUUAGAGGGCACCAUUCCAAAUGCCAUCAAUAAACUCACCAACCUUGAAGAUCUGGAGUUGGAUCACAACGAGCUGCAGGGCUCCAUCCCCACAUCCAUAGCGCGCCUGCAAGACCUCAGCCUCCUCAACCUGGCGAGCAACAAGCUCACGGGCAACAUUCCCACCAAAUUUGGCACCCUCAAGUCACUCAAGUACUUGCAGCUGUCCAGCAACCGUCUAGAGGGGGCCAUCCCCCCCGCUAUUGCUGCCUGCACCGCACUCAAGUCACUGGCGGUGAGCAGCAACCAGCUGAGCGGGUCCAUCCCACAGGGGCUCCUCUCCCUCGCACUGCUCAGACAACUGGCGCUAGACAACAACAGUCUGAGCGGGUCCAUCCCAUCGGGCCUCAGCAGACUCACCAGCCUCAGGACGCUAUCGCUGGCAGGCAACAGCAUCUCGGGCCCUCUCCUGCCUGGCCUCGCGUCACUCAAGCGCCUGGAAACGCUUUACUUAAACCAAACGCAGCUCACAGGGUACCUCCCUCCCGACCUGGGCAGCCUCGAGUUCCUCGAAAAUUUGAGCACGGCCAACACGUCGCUGUCGUGCCCGGCGUCGUCCUCCUCGUGUGUCUCGCCGCUCUCCAACGCCUCGCGCUUCUGCCACCUCUGCCCCCACUACUGCUCCGCCUGCCUUGCUCGCGCACCAGUGGCGCGCACAGUGGCCAUCGCCGUGGGGGUGUCACUGGCCGUGCUGCUGCUGCUGGGCGCGCUGGGUGGGUGGUUCAUCUACCACCGCCUCAAGAAGCGCAGAGGCAUGGGCGCGUCCGCUCGAGGUCCGUGCAUGCCUGGGGAUAGAGGGGCGUGUGGGCGAGGGGGAGGGCGAGUGUGGAGGUGUUCAUAUAGUUCUCCAUCUUACACAAGAAAGCGGAGAGGGGAAAACCGGAGGCAAGGGAGAGAUGGUUUAGAGGAGAGGGGGAGAGAGGGGAAGGAGAGGUGUCUUUUUCAUGCUCCCCUUGCUUGCCCUCGAAUCCCCCCUCCGUCGCUCUCUCCCCUUUUUACUGUGCAAACCGCCGAUGCAUGUGUGGAGGAGUACACCCCCUCCCUCCAUCAAAAGCUCUCCACCCAACUCCCAAUCACUCCCUACCUGCUGCCAUUGCAAAAAUCAAAACCAGCGCCUCUCCCCCACCCUUUUCCCCCUCUUCCCCUCUUCGUCCCCACCUCCCCCCCCCCUCCUCCGCCAGUGCAAAGCGUGGAGGCAUUUGUGGAGUACUCGUUAGCCGAGGUGAAGAAGGCCACCAACAACUGGGCGCCCGACAACCGGCUGGGUGCGGGGGGCUUCGGCGACGUGUACCAGGGCGUGAACCCGCGGGACGGCAGCACACGGUGGGCGGUGAAGCGCGGGCGCGUGGUGACAGAGGACUUUGACACGGAGGUGCGGCAGAUGGCCACCAAGCACCACCCGCACCUGGUGCGCCUGCUGGGGUACUGCGACGAGGCGGACAAGGAGCAGCAGGAGCAGAUCCUCAUCUAUGAGUUCGUGCCCAACGGCGACCUCGACCACUGGAUCGGUCCCAAGGCGGCAGGCUCGCUGACGAUACGGCAGCGGGCGGACAUUCUGAUAGGAGCAGCGAGGGGCUUUGAGUACAUGCACAGCUUCAACAUCGUGCAUCGGGACAUCAAGCCCGCUAACAUCCUCAUCACCAACGACAUGCAGGCGAAGAUAGCGGACUUUGGGCUGGUGAGGCAGGAGGAGGGGCCGGGGAGUCUGUCGGCGACAAGGGUGAUGGGCACGCCGGGCUAUGUGGACCCCGCAUACCUGCUGUCUCAGAAGGCCACCACUGCCACUGACGUCUACAGGUGCGUGUGCUCUUGCCGUGGCCCCCCUCGCGCACUCCUUUGUCAAGCUCAUUGUCCCUGCCUGCCUUUCAUUCCCUCCGCCCUCGUUUCCCUCCCUCCACCUACCCCGUUCCACCUCCUCCCCCCGCGCGUGCACGGCGUGCACAGCUUUGGAGUGCUCAUCCUGGUGAUGCUCACGGGGCGGGAUGUGGUGGAGUCCGCACAGAAGAAGUUCACGCACCUGCGCGACCUCGUAUGUGCACCCACCUUCAACUGUCCACCAUGUGGUGCCUCCACACUCGUCGCACCCCUGCCACGUCGCACUUCCCACCACCUUCAUUAG